UACUACAAGCAUUAAAGAUUUUGUUUCUCAAAAUUCUUAUUAUGAACGUGGUAUUUUAUCAAGAACUUUAGGAUACAAUGCCGAACAAAAAUGUAAAGAUGUUGCUAUAGUCUACUUGCAAAGUGUUGUGCUCCCUGGUCUAUCUACAAAAAUAUUAGCUUUAUUUCGAAA